AUGGAUGAACGUAAGAAAUCGGAGGGGGAUGUGCAUGCUGGUCGUUACAAGCCGCCAUUCUCAUCUGCUUCAUUCCAGGGUUUAGCGUCAAGAGUUGUUGAUAUUGAUGGCAAAACCCUAGUGCCGCGGCGGGGGUUCUUUCCGGCUACUAAUAACGAGCAGGGUAAGUUUAAUGUGAUAGAUGAAUUGACUAAAAUUACUGUUCCAGUUACUGAGGGAAGUGCUAAUCGUGAGCAUAACUCUGAUGAUGUUCCGAAUUUAAACAAGGUCGAUGAUGUGACUAAACCUGUGUCAUAUGCUGAAUCGCUGAUCAAUGCUAAUAAUCGGAAGAUAAACUUUAGAUCACUUGCUAGUUCUGAUCGACGUGAUGAUUGUGAUGUAGUUCUACCGAAAGACUCCGUUCGGGUUGUCACGGACAAACUUGCUAAUACGUUAUAUGGGUAUUUCCUGGGAGAUCGGAUUGCUUAUCCGGUGGUUGACUAUUUCGUGAAGAAUAACUGGAAAAAAUAUGGGCUGCAAAAAUCAAUGAUGAACGCUAACGGGUUUUUCUUUUUUAAGUUUGCUGAUCGGUCAGGUAUGAUGUCUGUUCUUGAGGAGGGUCCAUGGAUUAUUAGAUCCCAACCGAUGUUUUUAUGUGAAUGGAAUCCAAGCUCUAAGCUGGUUAAGUCGGAGGUGAAAAAAGUCCAAUUAUGGGUUAAAAUUCAUGAUGUUCCGUUAGCUGCUUACACGGAGGAUGGCCUUAGCUUGAUUGCCACAGCAAUUGGUGAACCAAAGUUGCUUGACUCAUAUACUACUUCGAUGUGUUUAGAUUCUUGGGGUCGAAGCAGUUAUGCUAGGGCUUUGAUUGAAGUGUCGGCUGAUAAAGAUCUCAAAGAGGAAAUCACAAUGGCUAUACCGGAUCUUCAAGGGGAAGGGUAUGUUAAGGAGAGUAUGUACGUGGAAUAUGAAUGGAACCCUCAUAGGUGUUCUCUAUGUUGUGUGUUUGGCCAUGCAGAUGAUCAUUGCCCCAGGCAACCUAAAAAGAUGGUUAAACAAAACAAUGGGGAUAAGCAAAAUAAGCCGUUUGAUGCUGGUAAACGUUAUGACAAACGCCCGGUUGUUGAUGAGGAAGGAUAUACGGGUGUUCAGCCGAAGAAAGUGGCUCGGAAGGCGGGGUUUCCAAUCAACAAGCCAAAACCGAAAUUUGAAUAUAGACCGGUGGGUCCAAAACCAAAGGCAGCUAGCAAUAAACCGGAGUCGACUAACUCAGUAUUUUCUCACAACCCGUUUUCUGUGCUAAAUAGUGUUGAUGAUUUCCAAGUUGGGGAAUCUAGUAAAGAUGGAGGUGGUGAAAACCAAUUGUCGGAUGAUGAAGAAGUUAUUGAAGUUUAUAAUGAAACAGAUGAGUUUAUCAUGGAAGGUACUACUAAUCCGCAAAAAAAACAAGGGGCAAGCACUCCUUCUCAAGGGGUUUCCAAUGUUCUGGAGUCGCAUGUGGAUGUGAAUAACCUUAGGAAGGUGUGUAAUUCAGUUUUCUGUCGUUGGGAAUGGACAUCGAAUGGAGGUAUUUGUGAUAAGGGAACGCGUAUUAUCAUAGGGUGGAACCCGGAUGUUUUUGAUCUUAUGGUUUUGGCUCAAACCCCUCAAGUGAUGCAUCUCCAAUUGUUUCUGAAAGAGGAUAAAAAGUGGUUUUUUUGCUCGGUAGUGUAUGCAGCUAACUAUUACAUAAACCGGCGUGUCUUAUGGUCCCAGUUGUCUAUGCAUAAACAGAUGGUUGGUGAUAAAGCUUGGAUCAUUAUGGGUGAUUUCAACUCGGCCUUGCAUUUAGAUGACAAAUCUUUGGGUGCGUCUUCCAUAUCAACGGGUAUGAGAGAUUUCCAAGCGUGUGUUUCAGAAAUUGAAGUCAUGGAUAUUAAUCAGUCAGGCUUUCAUUACACAUGGAAUCAAAAGCUGAAGAGGGGUGUAGGUCUUCUCAAGAAACUGGAUCGUGUGAUGGGUAAUAUGCCGUUUAUUACUGAGUUCCCUAAUGCUAUGGCUGUGUUUUACCCGUACAGGUUGUCGGAUCAUUCGCCUUGUGUCCUCACGAUUAAAAAAGCUGCUGCCACUAAACGCCAGCCUUUUAAAUUCGCGAACUUUUUGGUUCACAAACCUAAAUUUCUUAACAUUGUAAAGAAUGGUUGGGAGAUGAAUGUUAAUGGGGUUCACCAGUUCCGAGUUGUGAAAAAGCUGAAAUGCCUAAAGAGUCCGUUGCGUGCUUUAUUAUUUAAUCAGGGUAAUCUUCAUAAAAAGGUGGCUGACUUAAGGGAUAAUCUUGAUGAUAUUCAGACUAAGAUUGAUAAGGAUCCAAUGAAUGCUGAUUUGCGCACCAUCGAGACAAAAUUAAAUGCUGAGUUACAGGUUGCUUCUCUUGAUGAGGAAAGAUUCUUGAAACAAAGUCUAAGAUGGAGUGGCUGA